AUGUUUCGAACUCCCAUUCUAGGCUACCCCCUCAGGGCCAUAAGAUGGUUCAGGGAAGAUAUCUAUAAGAAUAGCCCCGAGAAGCGCCAAGAAGCCGAGACAGCCAUCAAAAAGUUCUACGAUGUCAACAAGGAGAGCAUGGAGAAACGAGGAGUUUCUGAAGCGGUUGUCAAGGGACCGAAACACAAUGAUCCCAGAAAUCCGGAUCCCAGAGGAGAGCACUGGACGGUCGAGAUGAUCAAAGAGGAUGGUGAAUUUGUGACAAAGAGACAUGUCUAUUGA